GUUUGAAUCAAUAAAUAUGACAUCUGUACCCUACUCCAGACUGAAAGUCACCGGACAACCGCCUGUCCACUCAUACUUGGCCUGCGAUGAAAGGAAACUUAAGUGUGACCGCCUGAAGCCUUGUGCUUCAUGCCGCUCGCAAGGAGUGCUUUCCCAGCGUACAUGCACCUGUACUAUCAAGGAUGACAUUACUAGCGAGCCGAAUGAUACAAGAGAACAACUUACGACGAAAAGCCCGAAAUUGAAAAUCGAGCGGGGUCUUGCAAAUACCAAAGCAACCCGAUGCAUCGCAUGUUUAAGUAGCCCAUCAGGCCAUGCAGAGCGUAAUAUCAGCCUCUCCUCCUCUAUUCCAACUACUUCUAUCGUACUCGAAAAUGUUUUGCAACGUUUACUUGAUGCAUACUGCUCUAAGACAGAAAACACCCAGAUACAGCCUGCUGUCCUUGAACAGGUUGCAUCGUUAAGACAUUCAUCACCCUUGAUAUGUGAAGCACUUUGGGCCGCAUCUCUUCUGAUCAUAGGUCGAUCUGACUCUAAUCCGGGCCUCGUUUCAGCAGGCUUCCUAUACUAUAACAAAGCCAUUAGGCUACUAGGAAGAUUAUUGUCACAGCUUAGUGGGCAACUCUCAUUGGAAGCGCUUGGAGCUACGUAUCUUUUCGGGGUCAUCGAAAUGUCAACUUCGUCUCAUACAGCAUUACUCAAGCAUGCGGGUUGGGCUCUUCACCUGCUCCAACGUCGAUCACCGCAGCUCCAUCAAACUGGACUUGGGAAAUCCCUAUUUUUAGAUGUGCGAAUAUACUGGGUAACCUUUGCAAUUCUUCGUCGACGUCGUACGCUUUUAGCCACGGAGGAAUGGUUGGCAAUACCAUGGGUUAACGACAAAAGACCCAAGGAUAUUUUACAACAGCUCCUAGACAUUGCAUCCGGGGUACCUUCUUUCCUUGCGGAGUUAGAUUAUAUUAUGUCUAUGGUCAACGAGAACUGUCUUUCACCACUAGAGAUGCGGACUCAACAGGAGAAACUCAAUGCCAGAGCAGACAAAACUUUUAGGCAGCUAGACGCUUGGAAGGAAUCCGUUGCCUCUGCAUACCCACCUGGAAGUAUCUCGAAGUCUCCAGCACCGUACAAGGACGAUUUUCCGAUCUUUCAAUGCUAUAAUCCUAAAACGGAAGUCGAAUUCGCAACGCAUUAUGAGUAUCCCAAUGUUAUUCUUGCCCACACGAUGUGCUAUUAUUGGGCACUACUCCUAGUAAUAUCAGAACCUACGCCAAUUCCUCUUCACUCCUUGAAGCCAUGUGAACGCUACACUAUAGCCUGCAAUAUAUGCCGCAGCAUCCGCUACUUUAUUUAUGCUGCCCCAAAGAACUUGAUCUAUCGGCUGCUGUUUCCUUUGCUUAUAGCACAUAGCGUCUUUGUCCCGGGCUCCGUAGAGAUGGAAUUUUUGCGGGAUGUGAGCAAUUAUAUCGAAAGGCAUUUCAGGACUGCUAUUUUCACCUCAAUGAUGGGCUCCUUGUCUGAUGUCGACUACCGGGAACUGAGUAAACUGUUCUGAGUCAAAUCAAAUCUAAAUACUACUCUUCCUUCAUCUUCCCCGAAGGACUCUUGUCAUACAGUUAUAUCGAAGACGCUCGAGGCGAUCGGGUGAUGUUUCCCCACUGGCAAGUGGAUCGAAACUACUUGGCCAUGUCAAGGAGUACUUCCGCCUUUCAUGAAUCUCAGAGACAUUGUCCGGUUCUCCAGGACAUUCAUGGACGCCCGCGAAAACAGUCAAGUUUCAUACGAUUGACUACGUUAUCUGCCAGCGCGAAUAGACCCACACAACAUUGUGGCAAUUCUAGGACACUACGAGUCAGUGCGGGAAGGCGCCUUUGUACCUUUCAUCACCUCAUAUUAUUCGUUUGCUGGUGGAGGACAAUUACACAUUCCGCCUUAAAUUCCUGCGGACUGCUUGGCUAGUAGGGUUUAGCAGCUAUCGAUCUGAUCUAAC